GAAUGAUCGAUCAUAUAUAGUUUUUCCCCUCCUAAUUGCAUCAAAAUUUCUUUUGUUGCCAGGGUUUAAAUGCAGGAGAAACUGUUAUUCCUUGUUUUGGACCGGAUAUAGUGUGGGUUGGGGCAGAGAUGCGUAAUGCGCAGAGCAAGCUCCAUCUCUUCUCCAAAUAGGCAGCCUUCAAGAUCCGAAAAUGUCUAAAUCGGAGGUGAAGAAGGAGUCUGGGGAGUCCAGCCCGUCGGAGGCCGCCUGCCUCUGCCCUCCUCCGGCGGCAAAGAACCAGUGCGCGAGCUGCGGCAUGGAGAUCCAAGACCGCUACCUGCUGAAGGUCAACAACCUGAACUGGCACCUGGGCUGUCUGGAGUGUUCAGUGUGCAGAGCGUCUCUGCGCCAACACAGCAGCUGCUACGUUAAAAACAAAGAAAUCUACUGCAAGCUCGAUUAUUUCAGUAGGUUCGGCACUAAGUGCGCCCAGUGUGGCCGACAGGUGUACGCCAGUGACUGGGUGCGAAGGGCUCGGGGCAGCGUGUACCACCUGGCCUGUUUCGCCUGUUUCUCCUGCAAGAGGCAGCUGUCGACCGGGGAGGAGUUCGGCCUGGUGGAGGGCAGGGUGCUUUGCCGCAGCCACUACGACAUCAUGCUGGACAAUCUACGCAGAGCUGCAGAGAACGGCACAGGACUGACUCUGGAAGGAGCGCUACCUUCUGAUCAGGACUGCCAACCAAAACCAGCCAAGAGGGCACGGACAUCAUUCACUGCAGAGCAGCUGCAGGUGAUGCAGACUCAGUUUGCCCAGGACAACAACCCAGAUGCUCAGACGCUGCAGAAACUGGCAGAAAUGACGGGACUGAGCAGGCGAGUCAUACAGGUUUGGUUUCAGAACUGCCGGGCGCGACACAAAAAGCAGCCGCCUCAGAGCAGCUUCUCUCAAAGCGCUCCGCUGUCCAGGAUGCCCCCGUCGCUGCCAGAAGAUAUCCACUAUUCACCGUUCAGCAGCCCAGACCGACCACACCUGCUGGCCCUGCAUGGAUACCUGGACACUCAUCCCUUCUCUGUCCUCGCUGCUCCGGGCCACUUGACCCACCCGUCCAUCUCUUUACCACAGCUUCCCAUCAGCCGCUGACUUGCUGUGUCUACUUUUCCACCGUCGACACUCUGAUGAUGUUGUGGAGGGAAAAAAAUCCUUUGGGACGCCCUGUCAGCAAUUUGCUCCGUUUGGAAGUCAAGUCCUCGGGUGACGGCAGGACCGCGUUUUUUAAUCAGUCGGGUUUCUCAUUGUGAGACUGCUGAGUAAACUGUGGUGAAGCCUUCAGGCUAACACAGGAGUAACUUUUUAAUUUUGUCUUGUUUUUUUUUUUUAUAUAAUGCAGAAGACCACUUUUAUUUUAUUUUCCUUUUUUUUCCACGGGACAUGAAACAUUGCAUCAAGUUGGAAAUGGUUUUCACUUUCAAACAAGAUAUUUUAAUUGCUCCAACAUGAGCUUAAAGAAAAGAAGAAAAGAGGAGUGGUCUUAGCAGUGUUACAGUAAAACCUCAGCAUUUUUCUUUUUUACAUUUUGUACUGGUGAUGAGCACAUUUGCAGCUUUAUUGUUGUUUGUUGUUGUAUUGUUGUCAGAAAAUGGAAACUCUUAUUUAUUCAGAGCAAAACUUCACUUUUAAAAACGCACUUUUGAAUGUGUCUUGAAAUGGAAAAAUUCAGUUACUGUACAUUGUAAAUACGGUCAUGGUUUAAUAAAAUGUAUCA